CUGUUUCUGGCAUUCGAACUAAACGGCUGUAAAAUAUAAAAAAAAAAUUGGUUUUUAAUUUUGUAAAAAAAAAAAGAUUUUUGAAGAAUGGCUAGCGUUAUCAAGAAGGUUGUACCCAUGCUGGAUCGCAUUCUAAUUCAGCGCGCCGAGGUGAAGACCUCAACAGCAGGCGGCAUACUGCUGCCGGAGGACUCGGUGCCCAAGGAGAUGCAAGGCGUUGUCGUGGCCGUUGGACCCGGUGCCCGCAAUCCUGUUGGCUCCGGUCACUUGCCCGUGGCCGUCAAGGAGGGUGAUCGCGUUCUGUUGCCCAAAUACGGUGGCACCAAGGUGGACAUGGAUGACAAACGCGAAUACGUACUGUUCCGCGAGAGCGACAUCCUGGCCAAGCUAGAAUAAUAUGGUUCAAGUGUUGCCUUCCGGCGUCUGCCAUUCGAUUGGCAGCACAUAAUACACGGUACAGACUUAAUCGGGGACUAAGAAAUCAUAAUCAAACGAUACAGACACAAACAAUACCCUUUGCGUUCGAAACUAAAUGAUUGAUGAAAUGUUGUAUUUGGUAGCUAAACACAGAACACAGAAUAUUCACACUAAGCAGGCAAACCGGUACCGUCAGGACACUACAAUAAACAAUUGUUCAGAUUGCGUUUUUUCUUUAAAGAGCA